AUGCAGCAAGCCAACUUGUUUGUGAAGGGAAAGGAAGUGGCUACAAAACCAAACGCCUCAGCCGCAGCUACUGCGAGUUGUCUCCUAAACAUCCCCCUUGAAGUCCGCCAAUACAUCUACGACGUAAUGCUUGCCUUCAAGUGUCAAGACCACUUAAACUUACUGUGUGUGAACAAGCAGGUGUACGGUGAAGCUAGGGACUCUUUCUUUCGCAGGCCGCUUGCAUGCAACUGUCAGAAUGAUCUUGUUGAUUUUACAAACAGCUGGCCGGAGAAGGUGCAGCAAAGCAUCAGCAAUCUGAAGCUGAGGCUAGAAGAGGUCGAACCUCAGACUGUGACACCCUGGAUGGCUGGUCAAGCUGCCCAACACCCAUACCUUCAGGAGAUCCAUCGCAUAACAUCUGCGUUGGGGAAACUGCCUGGCGUGACGUAUUUGUCACUUCUCCGGCCAUUGGAUUCUGGCAAGAAUACACCAUCGAGCAUCGUCAUGACCCGAGUCCUCAACUGGAUAGUAGAGCACUAUACCAAGCUGCAUGUGCUGAAGCUCGACAUUGAGCAAUGCCAUAUCAGCUGUCUGGGGUCUAUCAAAGAAUUACAAUCACUCCAAUUCAGCGGGUUUUCGGAAACAAGCGCAACCAGGACAGCCGAAGUGCUCAGCCAGCUGACGAGUCUUGAGAGUCUCUCGGUCACCGGCCCGCCUCCAGGCCUUCUCAUGCGACAGAGACACGGAUAUCAGACCAGGAUUGCCCAGUCCGUCACUCAUCAAGUGUUUCAGCGGAUCAGGCCAUUGAAGCGUCUAACCUUGACACAAAUCACCGAUCCAAAGACAGGCGGGGACGCUCUCCUGAAUUUGAAGACGAUGGAAGCACUGUACGAGUUCCACCGAGAAAGCCUGGAAGUACUCAAGAUAUCCUCUUGCAGGACUCCAGCUUCUGCCUUUAUUGAGUUUCUCUCGGCCUUCUUACUGGACACGCCGAAAAUGCAGGAGCUUAGCUUGACGUGGCCAAACACGGAAAUCACCUUGGUCGACUUCAUCUCAAGCUCGAUCCAGAGGCUGGAGUUUGCAAUAGACUCAACGGAACAAGCCAAAGCCAUUGUUGAUCGACUUGUGCUCAUGCAAUACCGCCUACGACACUUGCGGCGGAUCAAAUUCAAUGUCAUCAACGAGAUGAUCGAGACGUCAGUUGAACAAGAGAGCAAAUCAAGUCAUCUCAGUUUCUCCCUGCCAAUUCAGCAUUUAGCAGCGUAA